AUGGCGUUCGAUGAAUACAUUCGAGCUCGCAGCUCAUCCAGAGAUGACGCCAACAGCUACGACACAGACGAAUACCAACGCGGCCGACAGCGGAUUGACCUGAAACUCAAAGGCACCUUUGAGCAUAUUUUUGAGAAAUAUGCCAGGGACUUUACUGGCGUUGGAGAUGAAAUCGACAUGGAAACCGGCGAGGUCGUCGUCGACAACGGUCAUUUGCAAUACAUGCAACACGAGCGAGACACCGGCAAGAGCGCUUCCUCUCGCUUCGUACGAGCUUUCGCCGAUGAGCUGGAGGUCGAGGAUGGCCAUGACAACAAUGACGAUGAUGAGGAUGACGCUUUUCAACAAGAGCCUGAAGAGGAGGAUGAACUACAACAAGUCCCUGACGACGAUGAGGAUGAACUUCAACAGGAACCCCGUCAAGAGGACAGUCAAGAUGAGGACGAAUAUGGACGAGAAGAGGAGGACGUCAGUGAUGACGAGGACGCCGACUACCAAGACGAGGAUGCGGCUGUUGAAGCUGGCGACGAGCAGUCGGCCGAUGAGUUUGACGAUUUGGGCCGCGAGCAAGACCAUUUCGCUCUCGAUCCCCGACUUGCUCAGUCUGAUGUAAGGGUUAGCCCAGAUCAGCAAUACCACAGUACCUCCAUCAUUCCAUCUACCGAAAUCAACCACUCCCUGCCGCAAAUCUCUAUCGUCGACUCGUUGAACCAGCUCGUCCCACACCAGGACGCCAAUGGAAAUAUCGAUCCUGAAGCCAUCCAACAGUUGGGUCAGAAUAUUGCCAACCAGAUUGCUCAGUUUCUCAUGCGUGCCACCUCGAUCAACAGACAACCUCAGUUCUCCAAUGAGUCUCAGAACAUUUGGUCUGCUCCGCCUUUGCCUCAAGAUGCUUUCGAUCCGCCCUCCUUCUUUGACCGUCAACGCUCAGCAAUCACUCCAGCACCUCAUCGCGCUCCCUCGGUCUGGGAUUCUCCUUCUGGCGGCCAAUCUUUGUGGGCACCAGCCGCCUCACGCCCCAAAAAGCGUCGCAGGCUCCUCAAGCAUACUGAAACCUCAUUCGAUCUUGAUCCUGCUUUGACUGACGACGCUGGCUUCUCGGAUGCACCUUCGUCAAGGAACCGCUACUCCAAAGAAGAAGACGAUUUGAUCAAGCGCUUAAAGGAGAUCAAUGGCUUGACCUGGCAACAGAUCACGGCACGCAUGCCUGGCAGAACCACAGGAGGUCUAUCCGGACGCUAUACUCGUGUUCUCAAGGAUUUGCCCAGACCCGUAAUGAUCAAGCGCGAGAUCAUCGAGAUAAUGGAUGGUGACGAUGACGAAUUGUCGACUCCAGGCCCCUCAGAUACGGCCAAUGCGUCUGGAAUGUCGCCUUUCCAUACUCCACUCUUGCGACGUGCUAUGGACAAGCAAAUUGCCCGCCACGGAGACAGCGGUGAGAUGCCGAUUACAAUUGGGGACGAAGAUGGUACGGAUUCGCGCGACUCUUCUGCACCGCCGCCAGAUAGGUCUAGGAAGAAGAAGAAGAAAAACGCAAAGGAAAAAGACCCUUCACGCGCGAUAAUAGGGUAUCGCACUUUCGACAGUUCAAUUCCGGCCGGAAACUUUGGCAUAUUGUGCACCGACAGUCCCGCGCGGUAUACUGCUGAGGAGCACAAUCUAAACUUCUAUGGACCGACCAGUGGAUUUGGCGUGUUAAGAAUGACCAAGCCACAGAAACGACCAAACAAGAUAGAUCCGCCUCGUGAAGCACAUCAGAACACUACUAUGAGAUUCACUCAUUCAGCACCUCAUCUGCGUGGCGAUUUGGCAAAUACGCCAUCGAGUACUAUCAACCUCUUUGCACGCGCUGAGCAGUAUCUGAAAGCUAAGGGUCUUUCUGCUGCUAGUCUGGCCACAUCGCAGCUUCGUGCAAUGUCUUCAGUUCAGGCAAAUCAACAUCUGAGCAGCAGUACCGCAAGGAUGGGUAAUGCAGGCGGACCAGUUACAACGAUGCCUCCUCCACCUGUCAGACCUCGUACAGAGUCUGUCUUCCAAGGAAGCUCGCCAUUGCCAACUCAUCCGCCUCCCCCUUACAGCGCCAAUCCACCAUCUCGAGCAAGCACACCUCCUCGUGUACACACACCUCUUACACGUCGUACUGAGCCUGUGGUCAUCGACACAGAGAACGAUGGCGAUGUUAGUGACUCGUCAAUGGAUACUCCAGCGACAGCGAAACGCUAUGCCGAUGCACCAAACACGACAACUACGACCAACGGCCCAUACUUCCUCACCAACCUGCCGCCUCCCCCAAGCCCCUUGGUGUCUGCACCACAGGCACGAUUGCGCUCGCCAUCUUCCUCGCCACUCUCCUCUCCACCGCCUUUGCCAUCGCCAACUUCGUCUCAGACAUCAUCUUCUGAGGGCCAGCAACGCAGCGUGAGGAGCUCUACCCGUCAAGCAACCAAUAACUCUCUGCUACCUCCUGGACCUGGCGAAGUCGCAAGAAUGAAGUUGUCCGCUCCAACUUCAUCUCUCCGUAAAAAGAACAUAUCGACCCCAUCUGCAUCUAUGAGGAAGAGUAUAUCCUCCAUCACGCCCAAGACAGCCGCUACGCCCAGUACGUCAGCGAGUCGGUUUAGUACUCCUAUCAGAGAGACGGUUGGAAGAAAAGAGAUGUUGAAGAAGAAGGCGAUGGCUGAACCUGAUGAUGGAUCAGAGGAUGAACUUGCUUAG